CAAUCAGCUGUUUUUGACACAUAAUAUAUAACCUCAAAGAUUCGUGAUGUGACAAACGAUAAAUAUAAAAAUGAACGAUAAUAAUUUUUUGGCCGAAAAUAAUGCAUGUGGACAAACUAUAUUGCAACUUGUUUCACGUGGAAACGCCAUAAUUGCUGAGCUCUUACGUUUAAAAGAUUAUAUUCCUAAUAUUUAUAAGCUUGAAACCAAACAAGAUGUACAGAAAUAUGCCGAUAUUAUAUUGGAUUAUAAUUAUUUUAAGAAUGCUGAAGCUCAAGACAUCAAAAUUGAUAGUUCAGAAACUUUAAGAGAACUUGAUGAAGAAUUUAGGGACAACCACAUUGAAAUAAUAAACAGAUUUUAUUUAGCCUUCGAAAGUAUUCACACUUAUAUUACAGAUUUAAACCACUUUUUAGAAGAGCUUGAUGAUGGUUUGUUCAUUCACCAGACUCUCGACAAUGUGUUUUUGGAUAUGGAAGGAAAACAGCUUCUGUGUGAGGCAUUAUAUUUGUAUGGUCUUAUGUUACUAACUGUUGAUGCUCACAUUGAAGGAAUAAUUCGGGAACGUUUAUUAGUUUCUUAUUACCGUUACACUCCUCAAAGACGUGACACGCAAAGUAGUAUAGAUGAAGUUUGCAAACUUCUCAGAGACACUGGCUUUAAUACAAACAAAAAACCAGCCAAUUAUCCAGAAGAGUAUUUCAAACGUGUUCCUAUAAAUGCAACCUACAUCGAUAUGGUAAUAGGUAGAUUACGUUCAGACGACAUAUACAAUCAAACUUCCGUUUAUCCCGUACCGAAACACAGAAGCACCGCUUUAGCAACGCAAGCUUCUAUGUUGUAUGUCUGCUUAUUUUUCUCUCCGAACAUUUUACAUUCCCAAACGGCGAUAAUGCGUGAAAUCGUCGACAAGUUUUUCCCCGACAAUUGGGUAAUUUCUUUGUACAUGGGUGCCACUUUAAACUUGGCCGAAAAUUGGGAACCUUUCAAAGCUGCCAAACUCGCCUUAAACAACACUUUGGAAUUGGUAAAUGUUAAGGAAUACGCUAGUAGUUUCGGUGCUGGUGUUUCAACUCUCUUAAAAACCACUAAUUUGUUACUAAAAGAAGGCAAUAUCACCAAAGAAACACUUUUAAAAGACAUAAACAAUAUCGUUAGCACUUUAAGAGACUGUAAUGUAACAGUAAGGUGGCUGAUGUUGCACACAAUCCUUAAGCCUGGCAAACAGGACAAAAUCAAAAAACUUAAACAACUACGUGAAUUGAUCGUUAGCGAGUCUAAAUGUGAACCGGUCCAACUUUUUAAACUACUAUUGAACACCGCCCAAUUGGAAUUAACGUGCAAGGAAACGUUUAAAACUCUCCUGACUGAAAAAGAGGAACACUGGCGAGAGCUGAAAACGUCGAGCUAUAAAAGUUUGCAGGAACUUUCGCAGGUGUUCAGCGGUAACGUGCCUCUGUCGCGUGUCCAAAAGAACGAAAAUUUAGAAAAGUGGUUCUUAGAAAUUUCCAAUCAAGUCAACAGUUUAGACCAAACAGAUUCCGGAUCGACCAUCAAAUUAGUGCAGUUGAUUCAAGCGUUGGAGGAGGUGCAAGAGUUCCAUCAACUUGAAUCCAACAUGCAAAUCAUACAGUUCUUGAGUGAGACCAGGAAGGACAUGCACCAAAUGGUCAGGAACAUGAACAUCAAAGAGGACGUCCUGAUCAACCUGCAAAUCAUCGGCGAUAUUAGUUACGCGUGGGAAUUAAUCGAUGCCUACACCCCCAUAAUGCAAAUGGGGAUCAAAAAAGAACCAACGUUGGUUAUAAAGUUGAGGGCUGUCUUUCUAAAACUGGCUUCGGCUCUGGAAAUACCGCUGUUAAGGAUCAACCAGGCUCGCAGCGAGGAUCUGAUUUCGGUGUCGCAGUAUUACAGUAGCGAGUUGGAAAUAUACGUCAGGAAGGUGUUGCAAAUUAUCCCGCACAUGAUGUUUCAAAAAUUGGCGAGAAUUAUUGAAAUGCAAACCUCAGUUUUAAGGGAAAUUCCUACCAGAUUGGAUAAGGACAAAAUCAAGGAUUAUGCGCAGUUAAACGAAAGAUUCGAAUUUGCCGAACUUACCCAUUCAAUUUCAGUUUUUAGUCAAGGUAUGAGGAUGAUGAAAAGUACGUUGGUGGGAGUGGUUUGCUUGGAUCCUAAAAAACUACUGGAAGAUGGAAUUCGCAAAGAAUUGGUGCAACAUAUUUCGAAAGCUUUACAUACUGAAUUAACAUUCAGUCCAAGGUUCAAACCGGAGGAGUUGGAGCAGAAAGUUAAAUCUUUAGGACUUAUUAUGGAUGGUUAUAAGAAAUCUUUUGAAUAUAUACAAGAUUAUAUUAAUUUGAACGGUCUAAAAAUAUGGCAAGAAGAAGUGACGAGGAUAAUUAAUUAUAACGUAGAACAAGAAUGUAACGGGUUUCUAAGGAAUAAGGUGCAUAAUUGGCAAAGUGUUUACCAGAAUAAACAUGUUCCCAUCCCGUAUUAUCCUAAAAGUGAUGCCAUAAGCGAAAACUUUAUUGGCAGGCUUGCUAGAGAAUUGAUUAGGAUUACUGAUCCCAGAACUUCCGUAUAUUUAAUGCAAACUUCAACUUGGUAUGACAUAAAAACUCAUAAACCAGUAUUUAAUAAAGAGAUAAUUGGAUUGAUUGCUUCAGCAAUUGAAAUAGCAGGACUUGCCGGAUUAGAUAGAUUGUUUUCUUUUAUGAUUGUUACUAACUUGCAAAAAAUUACAGCAAUAUUGGAAAACAAAAAUAUAAAACACAAUCAUUUUAAUUCGGUGAUGACAACAGUGUAUAAUGAUUUUAAACAAACGGACGAUAUCCAAAACCCGACCAAGUUCUAUCAAACUCAAGUCAGUAAAACUACAAAAAUAUGGACGGAAUUUUUGGAUUAUUCUUUGUUAAUCGGACACCUUCAGUUAUUAAGAAAUUUAAUCGCGUUUCAUUUAAACAAAUCCUGCAAAUUCAAUGCGAAAAAUUUGGAAUCCUCUCUAAAAACUUUAAAUAAAGCCAUACUACUAGACAUUAAAAACGAACGUUUCGAACCGACGAGUGAUUUAUUAUAUACAUUGUCCAGUUAUUUCGAUUACGCUGGAUUAAACAAUCCCUUCAAGAAGGUUUAUGUAACGUCGAAGAACAACAUCAAUUAUUCUGUGGCAUUGUUUGUUUUCGUCAUAGGAAAUCUGCCUAAACUUUUCUUACCAAAGAACACAAGCAAUAUAAGUAAGAGACAACCGGAUCAGUUGGAUGGAACCGCAUUUGCUGUAUCAAUUCACACAAUCUUAAAACAGUUUCACACCGAUAUUAAUCACAAUUUUAUUCGAUUGUUUUCGAAUUUCAUUAUGCAAUUAACUAAACAAAACCUUAAUUUUAGUGGCAAAACAACUGAUUUACCGUUGGAAGUAAUUUUAGCGAUUAACUUUAUGAAUGUUUACACGGAUUUUUCAGCCGAAUCUCGUAUAUCUUACAGGGAAUGUUUGCCUUCUGAAAUUUUGCAUAUCCAGGAAACGUUAGUUUCACCAUCAUAACACACGCUUUUAAAAUACUUAUAAGAUUAAGAGUGUACACGGUGCUUGAAAACGCCUUUCAUCGCUAUACAUAAAUAUUUUAUGAAGACUGUAUUAGAUGCCUUUUAACAUUUUGCAAUUAUACAUUCCAUUUGCUGUCAAAAUUUUAUAUACUCAUAUGUAUUUUCAAAGUUUAUAUGUAUAUAUAAUUAAUGUUACUUUUUUGUUUUUGCAUUAUAUUAAAUAUUUUGCUUUA